UCCCGGCGGCCCCCGCGCGGGCGGCCGCCCCUUCGCCGCCUCCCGCCGGUACCGAGCGGUUCGCGGGUGUCGGCGCUGCCCGGUUACCGCCGCCGCCCCGGCCCCGCCUCCGCCUCCCGCGCCGGGACAUGGACUCCGACUCCUGCGCCUCCCCGUUCGCCCCGGAGGAUUUCUCCCCCGCCUCCCGGCGGCACCGCACCGUGGAGGACUUCAACAAGUUCUGCACCUUCGUCUUGGCCUACGCCGGCUACAUCCCGUACCCGCAGGAGGAAACGCCACUAAGGAACAGCCCCAGCCCUCCCAACAGCACUGGGGGCACGAUUGACAGCGAUAGCUGGGAGCCCCGCUUCAAUGACAUCCCCUCUUCCGUUGCCCUGCCCACCAAGAACAGAAAGAACUUUAGUCAGCUUAAGCGAGCAAAACCAUACGGUUCCCUGUUCCAGCGGGCAAAACCCAGCAACUUCCUGCCGGAGCGAAAGCAAAUUGAUAAGAUCAGGAAGAAGAAGAAGCUGAAGAGGAGGGAAACAGAAGUGUCUGCAGAGGAGGACUAUGAGGAGAAGCUGCUGGACCUGGAGACAGAGGACUCUUACGUAGAGACGCCGAUGAGCCCCUCGUCUGAGGGUGACCCUCAGUCUGCAACCGAGCACUGCUCGGUAUGGGACUCUGACACGCCAUCCAGCGUCUCCUACCCUGCCGUGACGGCUGAGCAGACGGUGGAGAUCCAGAGUGUCGGCAAACGAACGGUCAUUCGACAGGGGAAGCAGGUGGUCUUUCGGGAUGAGGAUGGCACUGGUGAUGAUGAGGACAUCAUGGUGGAUUCGGAUGAUGACUCGUGGGACCUAGUCACUUGCUUCUGCAUGAAGCCUUUCGCCGGGCGGCCGAUGAUCGAGUGUAACGAGUGCCAUACCUGGAUCCACCUCUCCUGCGCCAAAAUCCGCAAGUCGAAUGUCCCAGAGGUCUACAUAUGCCAGAAGUGCCGGGACUCCAAGUUUGACAUUCGCCGUUCGAACCGUUCCCGGACGGGCUCGCGCAGGCGCUUUCUGGACUAGGGGAGGGAGGGGUGUGCUGGUGCGCUGCGCAGGCGGGCGGGCGAGUUGUGGACACCGGCCGGGAGGCUGGGGAGAGCUCCCCCGAACUGCUGCUGCUCAGGCUGACGGGCCACCCCGCCGGCCUGUGGUAACAGGGACGAAGAAUCACCAAGUCACGGGCGGCUGGGGCUGGAAGAGGCUGACCGGUCAGAACUGCUGCUAGAUACUGAUUAGUUCAAGGGACAGACUAAGCUGUCUGGGUUCGGUGGGGUUUUGUCCGGUUACGACUAUGAAUUGGGUGAUGUCUGGGGAAUGUAUAAUACCUUUGCCACGUAUGUUUUCUCAUCCCAUCGGGAAACCGCAAACCUUCUCUGUCCUAGGAAGCUCCUCCUCCUCCAAAGAUGGGGGAGGAGGAGGAGGGAAUCUGUGUGAAGAGUCUGAAAAGUAAAUGGCCAUGUGUUUUAAUUUUAAUGUAAUAUUAUACCUGCCCAUUUGUCCGUAUGUAUCAAUCUUAGAGAUUCUGAGGCUCCACAGGAGUGAGCGCCAAUGCGUACUGACCUCUGUGUGAUCUGCCCCCUCUUCAGCGGGCUCAGGCUGUAGGGGAAUUCUGUGAUUUGGCAUCGCUCAAGUGCAAAUGGGGCAUCUUCCUGCACUGAGGGACCGGCGCGUUUGAAGGACAAGAGCAGCCCUUCUUCUGGAUGGGCAGCACUAGGGAUUAAGCAUCACUAGAUUUCUUCCUAGAAGGUCUCUCCUUACGGUGACUUUUCAUGACUUUGUUUUGCAUGAUUGGCUCAGAUGUGUGUAUGGAGGAAUACCGUUUGCUCCAUUUCCUGGCCCUUCGUUAAACUUUAAGGUCCUGUUUUAAGAAGACGAUGACUCUCCCUUUUCUCAGUCCAGAAUUCCAACGUGGACUGUAAAAGGGGCCAUAGUAAACUUAGAACCUGGCAGGUCUGGUUUGGGAUUUGAUCAUUUCCAUCCAAGUACGACAGCUGAGCUGACUUUUGGUUUUGCUGUCUGUUUUAUGAGACUGGAUUUGUAAUCAAAAAAAAUGGAAUCUGUAACCUAUUGGUUGCAAAUUACACAGACAAAAGCAAAUGCUACGCAGCCAGCAAGGUGAAGUGCAAUGAAGAUCCAUCCAGUGCGGGGGAGGACAGGAGAGCGCCCAGGCCCCGCCAACACUGCAGUCCCUCGACAGGACUUCCUGGGGCCCCAGCCCAAGGGAAAUCCAUUCAGGAACGUGACAGGGAGUUGAGGCUCGUGCGCGAGGCCACCAAGAUGGCAGUGUUGUUCCUCGACGACUAAACAGAGUGAGCCGUACAUAUCGCACAAAUUCAGUUGACAUUUCGAGGUAUUUCUCUGAAGUUCUGCCCGCUGAACAAUACGCGCCCUGUCUGGUGAGACCAUGAGGCAAGGGGAAUCGCUGGCGAGUACCACAGCCAAAGCAAGACGAGCCGUACUGGUAGGAGUGUCCAUGUUGGUCCUGCAGAUGCACCGCAUUAGGCCACUGCCUUAUCCAAGCGCUGGUUCGUCAGGAGAUGCAUCCUGGUGAUGACGGACAUCUUGCCAGCACACAGAGUCAGGUACCCUCCUUCAGGUGUUUGACACGGCGCUGCCAAAGCCUCAGGCAGACGGCCCAGCACUGCGGUGCCCUGCGGCUCCCUGGCGUGGAACACAGGGGCAGGAAACAUCUGCCGGCCCAGGUCGGGAUGGCAGAGCUGCACGAUGUGCAACUGUGCCUCUGCCCUGCUUCUUCACAAAAAUCCAGUUCCACCAACCUGCAGCAACCGACUCUGGGUUCUGAAAACCGGCUCCAGCGUCUGUAAAAUCUUAAGACCAUGACUGUGGUACGCUGCCCUCUGGAAGCUACACGGAACCACUAAGGAGUUUGCCAAAGACUUGCCCCUGACGGCUGCCUGACUGUUCUUUGCAGCCAGAAAAAUAACCAAAGUUCUUAAAUGCUGCCAUUUCACUCUGCAAACAGAAAGGCUUUGGAAGAUCCCAGUCACAAGCUGUGUAAGGGUUGGACCUGCUCUGAAAAUUGGCAUCUCUUGUGUUUACAGCGUGUCUGCAAUUCAGCUGGACCUCCGUGGAACGUGUUCCUGAAGCUUUUAUGGGAGAAAUGGCGAACUGCCAAGCAAACUGGCUCUUUUUCACAGAGGUUCAAUACUAAUCCACGUGACUGACUCUUGUUCUGUUACCUUUUCAGAUUUAUCCCAAUAGGUGGUGUCUGAGAAGUCCAGCACAUUACAGUAUCAGCAGAGAGAAAAAAAAAGUAACACCUCCAUUCUUUUAGUUCAUCACUUUCAGCCAUGUAUAAUUAUAGUUUAAUUCAGAACUUUAUUUUUUCAUUAAAGCUGUUUUAAUGAA